GCGUGGAGGGGUGGAGCCCUCCUCGUCACCUUUCACCCCAGCAUGGCUGCGCCCGUGGGGCCCGUGAAGUUCUGGCGACCGGGUACAGAGGGACCAGGUGUCAGUAUCUCUGAAGAGAGACAAAGUUUAGCUGAAAACUCUGCAACAACCGUUGUUUACAAUCCUUAUGCAGCGCUUUCCAUAGAGCAGCAGAGGCAGAAGCUGCCAGUGUUCAAGCUUAGGAAUCAUAUAUUAUACUUGAUAGAAAACUAUCAGACAGUGGUGAUUGUUGGAGAAACAGGAUGUGGGAAAAGCACUCAGAUUCCACAAUACCUUGCAGAAGCUGGCUGGACAGCUGAAGGAAGAGUUGUAGGAGUGACCCAGCCUCGAAGAGUGGCUGCUGUUACAGUUGCAGGGAGAGUAGCUGAUGAGAGGGGUGCGGUGCUGGGCCAUGAGGUGGGCUACUGCAUCCGCUUUGAUGACUGCACUGACCCGCUGGCUACGAGAAUUAAGUUUCUGACUGAUGGAAUGUUGGUGAGGGAAAUGAUGGUGGAUCCUUUGUUAACAAAAUAUAGCGCCAUCAUGCUGGAUGAGGCCCAUGAGAGGACUUUGUACACAGACAUUGCCAUUGGCUUGCUGAAAAAGAUUCAGAAAAAGCGAGGGGAUCUUCGAUUGAUUGUGGCUUCAGCCACUCUGGAUGCAGAGAAAUUUCGGGAUUUCUUUAAUCAAAAUGAAACCAGUGACCCAACCAGGGAUACGUGUGUGAUCCUUACAGUGGAAGGGCGAACAUUUCCUGUGGAUAUCUUUUAUCUGCAAAGUCCUGUUCCAGAUUAUAUCAAAUCAACUGUAGAAACCGUGAUGAAAAUUCACCAGACAGAGGGAGAUGGAGACAUACUAGCGUUUCUUACUGGCCAGGAAGAGGUAGAAACUGUCGUGUCCAUGCUGAUUGAGCAGGCUCGGGCACUAGGUCGGACUGGGAUGAAGAGACACCUCCGGGUUCUCCCCAUGUAUGCAGGACUGCCUUCCUUUGAGCAAAUGAAAGUGUUUGAAAGGGUGUCACGCAGUGUCCGAAAGGUGAUAGUGGCCACCAAUGUAGCAGAAACCUCCAUUACAAUCAGCGGGAUUGUAUAUGUGAUCGACUGUGGUUUCAUGAAAAUCCGAGCCUACAAUCCCAGGACAGCUAUUGAAUGCUUGGUGGUGGUCCCAGUGUCCCAGGCAUCAGCCAACCAGCGAGCAGGACGUGGUGGCCGCAGCCGCUCGGGAAAAUGUUAUCGCCUUUAUACAGAGGAAGCCUUUGACAAGCUGCCUCUGUCCACCGUUCCUGAGAUGCAGCGGAGCAACUUGGCACCUGUCAUCCUGCAGCUGAAAGCACUGGGAAUUGACAAUGUCCUCAGAUUCCACUUUAUGUCGCCCCCUCCAGCACAGUCGAUGGUUCAAGCCUUGGAGUUACUCUAUGCCCUGGGAGGUCUGGACAAAGACUGUCGCCUAACUGAACCACUUGGCAUGAGAAUAGCGGAGUUUCCUUUGAAUCCCAUGUUUGCAAAAAUGCUGCUUGAAUCAGCUGCAGAGUGGACGAGCAGCUCCUUUCUCGGAGUCCUUCCAGGCCUCCAGUCAUCUGAGCCAGGAAAUUUUGGCUGUUCUCAGGAAAUUCUCAGCAUUGCAGCCAUGAUGCAGAUCCAGAAUAUCUUUGUGGUCCCCUCCAACCAGAAGUCUCAGGCAAUGCGAGUGCACCGAAAAUUUGCUGUGGAGGAAGGUGAUCACCUCACUAUGCUCAACGUGUAUGAAGCAUUUCUCAAACACAACAAGAGCUCUCAGUGGUGUCAGGAACAUUUCCUGAACUACAAGGGUCUCGUCAGAGCUGCGACAGUAAGAGAACAGUUGAAAAAGCUUCUUGCCAAGUUUCAAGUGCCCAAGAAAUCUAGUGAAGGUGAUCCAGAUCCAGUUCUGAGGUGCAUCGUUUCAGGAUUCUUUGCCAAUGCAGCGAGGUUCCAUUCUACUGGAGCUUAUAGGACAAUUCGUGACGAUCAUGAACUACACAUCCACCCUGUGUCAGUCCUUUAUGCAGAGAAGCCACCUCGCUGGGUUAUCUACAAUGAAGUUGUACAAACCUCCAAACAUUAUAUGAGAGAUGUGACUGCUAUUGAAUCCGCUUGGCUGUUGGAGCUGGCUCCGCACUUCUAUCAACAAGGAACGCACCUGUCCCUAAAAGCCAAAAGGGCCAAGGUCCAGGACCAGUGAGCAGAGCUGGGCUGCUUGGGGCCGUCUCCUCCAUGCCGCUGCCCCCCAGCCCUGAGGCACGGUGAGCUGUCCUGGGCUCAUGUGGAACUUCAGCUGCUCUGACAGGGGCCGCUGCCCAUUCCGUAGCCCCCUCUUCCCGCUCCCUUCAGCACCUGCAUUCCUUGCUGGCGUCCUGGAGGAGUUGUCUGUGGCAGGCACCCUGCCGCUGCACCUAGGCAGAGCGGGAGUUGGCAGGGCUCCGCUCCUCAGUCCCCGGCCCCCUCAGACCCAGCAGGCCAUUCCAGCAGGCACGCUGUCCUGGCCCAGCCUCGUGGGGAAGGAGGAGGGGAGUGAGCCACUGCCAGCUGAGGCACACGUCGGGCACAGAGGGUUUGUCGGCCUGGCUUUGCUUUCUUGCGAGGGGCCACAGCUGUCGACUGGUGAGGUCCACUGCCAGAUGGGAGUCUGUCCAUCUAUGGAAGGAGAGACCCUGGAAAUGCUGUGGAUUUCCACCAAAAUCACCCAGGGCUUGCCUGGCAGGCACAGGGGCUCCCGAACCAAGAAGCUUUUGGUUUCCCCUUUUGCCCAUGUCCCUCUUUAGCUGCUGCCAGAAGACUCGCAAGGAUUGGUGAUUGACAGAGGACUUGAGCACUGUUCUUUGUUAGCAAAGGGUUUCUCUAUUUCACACGUGGUCUUGGCUUUCUCCUUGUACAAUAUCCUGUCUUGAUGCCACCAGCAGAGCAGCAGUGAAAGCCCAUCAGCUCAACCCCAUCCGAUCCCUCCGCAGCAGGAACUCACAGCAGUUUACACUUUAGAGGCGCUAAGCUUCUCCAGCUCAGGAACUAGUAUGUUUGGUUUUGUUCGUUUGCCGGGCUCUGGCGAGACCGCGGGCGGCUCCUCCAGCAGGCACUGGUUCAUUGCUGCCCAGGCCUCCUCGCUGUGAUGCUGGCAUUUCAACAUGUGACCGAUCCAGGUUAGUUCCCUUUCCUGUUUCAGUGACAUUUAGUUUAAGAACAGGUAGCUUAAAAGUUUAUUUUUGUACUGACCUUAGUGUGUACGUGCCACUUUGGCACCCAACGCAUAUGUCAUUUUUAUUUCCAUUUUAUAAACGUGUUAAUAAUAGUGGUAACUUGUUAAUAACAGUAAACCUUUAUACUUAAAGUAAAUGUAUCCCUCCCACCCUGCUUCUCAUGGUCCACUUCACUCUCCCCAGUGAGGGCUUGACAUUGGCUGCGAACCUGACGCUGUGGCGUGCAGUGGCUUUGGGGUCUCAUAGACAAUGGCAGCCCCGUCCUGCAAGGUCAUGCAACCAAAUGCCCUCAAGUCCUCACUAGAGCGAACCAUGGGACAUGGUUUAAAUGAAGUCCCAAGGAUUCUUGCAGUUUCCUAUUGGGAUCAUUCUUAGAGAGGUCCUAAGUACUUAUUUAUAUAAAGUCUGAAUUUAGUACUGGGGCUAAUCUGUCUGCUAUUGUCCUGGCCUCAGCACAGCCUCUGACCAGCGCUUUCACUGGGUGUCCCAGGUGCUGCCAUUCACUCAGUCCUCGGGCAGCCUGUCCCUGUUCUCAGCUCCGCUUUGCGGGACCCAGUCAUUACAUAGGGCUGAGUGGUGGGAGGCACAGGACCAAAGCGCCUAAGCCUGUAUGACCACGAGACCCCAUCCUGGAGCUACUGGACCUGACCUCUGGGAGUGGGACGGGGUCUGCAGCUUGCAAAGUUCCAGCCCACACGAUUCUAAGGUGCUGGCUCGGGACCUAUGGGUGAUGUGAUGGAGACGGCACUUGAAGAAGUGCGGACAUCAAGACCAGGGAGGGAGGUGAGCCAGCAGCCGGGAGGUCGGGUGGGGCAUUAGGCUUGAGUGGUGGUUGCCACAUUUGUUUUUUGUACAGGUGGUACCCCAACACAUGUCUAGAUGUCACCCCAAACCCACUCUGGUCCCCGAAAGCACUGUGAUCAGUGUGGUGGGAAUUCAACUCCAGGCAAGUCCUGGUGGUGGGCACCGUUUUCCUGACUCCCAUAAUAAUGAGCGUUUCAAGAGGCUCAAAAUUAUUCUACAUAAAGGACUAUCCUCUA